UGGAUUUGAAAUCCGAGAAGAGCCGUUUGAUAGAAACCGGAUUUGAUUCGAGCGGUGGAUAGUGAAAUUACGGCGGAGGAGUUGAUCGGAUCUCGGUCGUGGUGUGAUUCUGUAUAUUGAGUGAGGAGGAGGAAGAGAAUAUAAAGUAGGUGGACUCAGGUGAGGUAAAGGCUCAUAAAAUAAAAAAUCAAGUUUUGUGGGAGUGGAUGGGAGUGUAUUGAAGCAUGACAAGUAAUAACGUUGCAGAGCUUCCUUGGAAAAAGGUGGCUAAAGGUAGCAGAAGUUCAACAAGGCGUAGCAAGAAACCAGUUGUACGUGUUCCAGCCUCAGGUAUUGAGACAGAAGCCAAGAGUUCAACAGGCACUGUGGCAGGAAAACCAAUGCCUGAAAAGCUUGGCGUUUCUGUUCUAGGUCAGCAUUUCGCUGAAAGAGUAGAGCAUGUUCCGAUAAAGAAACGGAGAUUUAUUGUUCGCUCUCCGUCACCAUCAAAGAGGCCAUCUGCUCAACGUGAAGACUCAGAACAUAAGGUGCAGAUCAACCUUGCUUUGCCCGUUUCGAGAUUAAACCCUAAUUUAAUCUCAGACGUCCGUGAUGAAAAGCCUGAUUACAGUGGUCAUGACUUUUCUGGUAUCAAGAUACUUGCUGAUGCUGCUUGCAGUACUGACGUGAGUAAUGAUUUUGCACUAGCUGUAGACCGUCUGCCUGCUGAAGAAUCUGUUGUUCAGCAACAAGAUACAUCAACCAUAUCAACUCAUGUUGAAGGCAACGAUUCAUCAGCUGGAACUGCUGAUGUCUCGCAUACUGCGGUUGAUUCCGGUGAUCAGACUGGGCAAGGCAAGAGCAAUAUUGUAGCGCCUCAGAAAUAUCCUCUAACAAAUUUGUGCAAAGAGUUGGCUGAUGAGCAGAGUGUAGAGCACAGCAGAGUGACCUCUGGAGGGAUGAUAGCACCUAAAUUAACUAGCAUUGCUCUUUCAAAUGACUCCUCAACAGAAGGAUCGAAGGCUAAUGUAGAAGCAAGUGAAAGUGAAACUUUAGCACCUGAUAGUGGAGCUGUAACGGUGUCAGAGAAAUCAUCAGCCGAUGAGCCAACUGAAAAGAACAGUGAAGGCCUUAAAGAUAUUAAAUUUCACUGGGAUUUAAAUUUUCCUUGUGAUGUAGAAGAUGAAGCCUCUGGAAGAGAUAUAGAGGGAGAAAUCACAGAGUCUAUUGCCCCUAAAGAGAGCGAACGUUUUGAUGGAAGUAAGGACAGUAUGGAUGGGGUAAUUGCAUCAGAUGAACAUACAAAAUUUUCAUCACCAUCUGGGCCUAAUACUGAAGCAGCUGCCACAAAUGACAAGGAGGGCCAAUCUGGUUAUGACUCCCAGUUUGAGGAUGGAGAGUUGAGGGAACCAUACCCUUGGGAAGAAAUUGGAGAGGUUCAACAGUUGGAUUACGGGUCUGAGCCAGAGAAUGAGAUAUUCUACUCUAUGGAUUCUGAGAAGGGAAUCUUGGCAGACAAGAAUUUCAGACAUGUUAAGUGUGAAUCUGGUGAUGCACUGAGAAUUGGGCAGGCUAAUGAAGGAAGUGACAUAGAGAAGCAAGUUGUUGUAAACAUGAGCGAUUCACAUCCUAAGAAGGGCUCUUCUUCUCCUUCAAGGAGUUUUGGUUCAAAACCAUACAAGGAGUCAUGGUUCUUUUGUUUCAGGCCUGAAGAGGUGAGCACGGGUCCAGAUAGGUUUGUUGGGAGAGACGACAGGUCAGGGAUGCGUAUGCGUAAUAGGAGUCCUCGAAGAGGGUAUUUUAAUGGUUGGGAUUCCAAACGACGCUUCUCCCCACCUAAUUACAAAGAAGGUUCCUAUGGUUCCGGGCGUCCAUGGCCUAAAAGAAUGGCAGAUGAUCGAGGUAUGAUGAACAACGGCUUUGAUGAUUCAGGGGCAGGACCAGGACCAGGACAAGAACCAGAUGGUUAUGUACAUAGGCAAUUCUCAAAUGGUGGAUACAGAGGUCGGUUUAAGAGAUUCCCAGAUGGUGGGGAUCGUAAAUUCAGGGGCCCACACAGUGAUACCAACCAAUUUCCUGGUCGGAUGCACAACCGGAUGAGUGGUAAUAGGAGAGAGAGAGGUGGCUCUCCGGUCCUGAGGAGAUUGCACUACCCGCAAUCAGAGUCAAGAUCCAGAAGCCGUUCUCCAGUCUCGUGGAAUAGCCGUAACAGAUCAUCUCCUCCUCCUCCAGGUGGGUUAAGAGCAGACGAGAGGACGACGGAAAGAGUGAGGUUGCCUUUCCAGAAACGGUUUCCUGCAGAUCAGGAGAUGGGUUACAUGUCACCUCCGAGAAACAGAAUGUCGUCGCCGAGGUUCUUUGAAGGGAGGAAUAAUGAUACUGGAGAGAAUCAUAAUAGCUUCAGGGAAAGGAAGUUCUGGCCUGGACAGAGAUUUGGAGAGAAUCAUAAUAACUUCAGGGAAAGGAAGUUCCGGCCUGGACAGAGAUUUGAUGUCGGAAAUUCUAUGAGAAGACCGAAUUCUGACAACAACAACUUGAGACCAUUUAUUCGGAACAGAAGAUUUGAAGGCACGGAAGAGAACACUGGUGGAAACAGGUUUGAGAUGGCUCAGCAGCGGAGGACUCGGCGGUCUGAGGCCACAGAAGAUGGAGGUGAUGAUAUUCGACGGUUCAAGUUUAAUGAAGAACAACCAGUGGUGGUAGCCAACAACGACAACAACAACAACAAAGAGUCAUGAUAACAGAUAACGUAAGAGACUCAUAUUGGUUUUUUCCAAUAGAAUCUCUUAUGUUAG